AUGGUGGGCACUGUAAUCCAACACGCCUGGAAAGUAAAACGAUUUAAGGAGCCCAAAGAAGAGAGACGAUCUUGGAGAAUAUGGUUUUAUGACACCUCCAAGCAAGCCAUCGGCGCUGUCUUCGUCCACUUUGCCAACGUCUUCUUGUCUGACCUGACGGAAAAGGACCCCUGCUCUCUUUAUUUGAUGAACUUCAUCUUGGAUGCCACUUUGGGAAUGCUGUUGAUCUGGCUCGGGGUGAAAACAGUCUCGUGGAUCGUGGCAUGGUGCCAGUGCUCCAACCUUGUCUUUGGCGAGUACGGGGAUCCUCCGCAGGCAGCUGCUUGGAUUGGCCAAUGUUUUCUCUACUUGCUCAUAGUGAUCUUUGAGAAAACAGCCGUCAGUCUCAUCUUACUUAUUCCCGGUUGGACGAAGCUUCAGGAAAUCCUCCUGGAUUACAUCCCUUCUCCUCAGCUGGAACUGGUCUUGGUGAUCCUUGUGGUUCCUUUUAUAGUCAAUGCUGUUAUGUUCUGGGUUGUGGACAGCUUGACGAUGAAAAAACACAAGGGGAAGGAAAAGCUGGAAGUCAGCGUGGCGGAAUAUCCUGAAGGUUUGAAAGAUGAUGAUGUCCAGGUCCUCCUUUGUCCCACUUUGGAUUUUGACAAUUCCAGGAGCGACAUCGAUCUCUUGGCGCCUCUUCCACGAAGCAGGAGCCCAAACUUUAAAAACUGAGAUUAUUGAGUGGCCCUUCAAUAAUACCUGGCUGAACAACAACAACAACAAAAGAAACUCCAUUUUAGA